UCCUCGAAUGGCCUGGCACAACCCAAUAGUUCCAUACGUCGGUCUUCGUUGCUCGAUUGCGAAACCAAAAUACUGACCGUAGACCAGGAGUUCUCUCAAGAUUGUCUCAACAAAGACUUCGAACUCUUCUCGUCGACGACCCAAGCCGAUAACCAACUAUAUAAUUUCAGCACACCUCUGCCAAUAACUCGCCCAGCGUCCAUUGGAAAGACGUCCCUGGAUGAUCGAUAUGGAGCAGAGAGUAUGCCGCUGCCCAUCAAGAACGAAGAGGCAUGGCUGUCUUGGUGCCGUAAUGGUACUUUCCAAGACACACAUGCUCUGCCCGUCGUCAAAGUCAAACCUAGGCCUUCGAUCAGUGACAGUGGCUACGGCUCUAUAGAUUUUACCGACAGACAUGGUGUGGAGGCUGGACCAGAUGCCCCUCCAAACACCAUUGGAUUAGCACACAGUCAGGUUCCAGAGUACUGCGAGAUCUGUUACGAGGAAUCGGAAAAGCGUCGUUACUUCAGCAACAACGCGGACAGAAGAAAGCAUAUGUUGACACACACUCGUCCUUUCAAGUGUGAUGUAUCAGGGUGCGACAACCACAACGGCUUUGCCUCUCCACAUGACCUGGCACGACAUAAGAAGACAUGCCACAGUAUGCUGACUGUCAAGACCUCGAAAUUCUACUACCGAUGUGCUGCUCCUACUUGCCAGAAGAAAGACAAGAUAUGGCCACGAAAAGACAACUUCAAGGCUCAUCUUGAAGGGACACACAGAUACGAUGAGGCUCAAGUUGCUGAACUGCUGGUCAAGUACGUUAUGCAC